AUGCUCCUCCCAAUGCGCGGCCUCCCGGCCGCCCCUCACCGCCCGCUCGCCCACCCUCACACCGCCCCCGCGCCGCCGUCGCCCUCCCUCCUCGGCCCCCGGCGCCGCCGGCCGUCCCGGAGGCUCUCCAAGGUCGUGUCCUUCUACGGCCUCACGACCCCGCCGUACAAAACCGACGCCCUGGAGCCGUACAUGAGCAGGCGGGCGGUGGAGCUGCACUGGGGCAGGCACCAGCAGGGCCACGUGGACGGGCUCAACAAGCAGCUCGCCAUCAGCCCGCUGUACGGCCACACCCUCGAGGACCUCAUCAAGGAGGCCUACAACAACGGCAACCCGCUGCCCGAGUACAACGACGCCGCCGAGGUCUGGAACCAUCACUUCUUCUGGGAGUCGAUGCAGCCGGAAGGCGGCGGCUCGCCCGAGGCGGGCGUGCUGCAGCAGAUCGAGAAGGAUUUCGGCUCCUUUUUUAAUUUCAGGGAGGAGUUCAUGCGCUCGGCGCUGUCGUUGUUGGGGUCCGGUUGGGUUUGGCUUGUCUUGAAGAGGAGCGAGAGGAAGCUCGAGGUGGUUCACACGCGAAAUGCUAUCAACCCACUUGCUUUUGGAGAUAUUCCAAUCAUCAGCCUAGACUUGUGGGAGCAUGCUUACUACUUAGAUUACAAGGAUGACAGGCGAACGUAUGUGUCAAACUUUCUGGAUCACCUUGUCUCUUGGCAUACUGUCACUCUACGCAUGAUGCGUGCGGAGGCUUUUGUGAACCUUGGUGAACCAACUAUCCCAGUGGCAUGA